AGCUCUGGACACGGCGGGCAAACACACAGAGAGGGAAGAGAGAGAAAGAGAAAACGGCAUGUUUAACUUCUGAUCUGCUUCUGUUUGCAGUAUUUUGAAUUGCUUUCUAGCCGCGGAGCUGCGUCUUGGACAGUGUUGCUGUUGUUGUUGUUGAUGUUGUUGUUGCCUGCGCAAGUACAACUGUGGAUUUCUCUGACUCUUUUGCUUUGGAGAAGAAAAACCUGUCACUUGGGUGAAGCUGACCCUUCUCAUGGCCAAUAUGAAGCCCCGCAGCGAGGAUGAGGAUGAUGAGCGUCAGCCUAAAGACACUGACGCAGAACCCAAGAAUUCCAAAAAGAUUCUCAGCAAAGUGAAAUGGUCCAGAGAAGAGGAUGAAAGGCUCAAGAAGCUUGUUGAGCAAAAUGGAACCGAUGCCUGGAGAUUGAUCGCUAAUUAUUUUCCAACAAAAACAGAUGGCCAGUGUCAACACCGCUGGCAGAAAGUUCUCAACCCAGAGCUGGUGAAAGGGCCCUGGACAAAAGAGGAGGAUCAGAGGGUGAUUGAACUGGUACACAAAUACGGCCCGAAGCGGUGGUCCGUUAUCGCUAAGCACCUGCAGGGCCGCAUAGGCAAGCAGUGUCGAGAGCGUUGGCACAACCACCUCAACCCUGAGGUGAAGAAGUCCUCCUGGACCCAGGAAGAGGAUCGAAUCAUCUACGAAGCGCACAAACGGCUCGGUAACCGCUGGGCUGAGAUCUCAAAGCUACUGCCUGGAAGGACAGACAACUCUAUCAAAAACCACUGGAACUCUACUAUGCGCAGGAAGGUGGAGCAGGAAGGUUAUCUGCAGGACAGCAACAGGAGCUUGAGCGCUGACCAGCCUCAGAAGAGACGCCAUAAAGACUGUCAAUCUGUGGAGCACUCGCACGGUCACGGCCAUCUGCUCGUGAACAGCCAGUCACAGGUGGCAGGAUACAUGUACAGCUCUGCGAGUGGACAGGGUAUUGACAGCAUCACAGAGAGCUCAAGCUUCAUGUCGCCGUGCCACGACGAUCCUGACAAAGAGCAGCGAAUUAAGGAGCUAGAGCUGCUCCUUAUGUCAGCUGAGAAUGAAGUCAGAAGACAGUCCGGUCCUCGUAACCCAGAGAGCUACUCAAACUGGUCAGACAGUCUGGCGGAUGAUACCGUGAGCACGACAGGGACUUCCGAAGAGUCUGGUGUUGAUCUGGGUAGAGCGGAGAAGGGCCGUGCUCCUUCUGUACCACUGCAUGUAUCUCCCAGCAAGUUCCUGGCAGUGGAGGCCAGCGCUGUGCUCUCUACUUUGCAGACCAUUCCUGAGUUUGCAGAAACGAUAGACCUUAUCGAUUCGGAUCCUAUGGUCUGGAGCGAGGUGGGAAGUUUUGAUCUAUCUGAGUCUGUCAGUCCUCCUAAACCCCCCGUCCUUGAUGGCACUUAUCCAGCUCAAAAUGACGGCACAGAGGAUGUUGGGUACCACACUCCUGCCCCUGCCCUGUGCAGGCCUCACGAUGGAUUGAGCCAGGGGAAACCCAUUUCUCAUAGCACUCGCACUGCGGGUAAAUUCAACUCUCCUCCGCUCUCCCUCCCAAGGAAGAAGACGAGAGAGAGAGCAGACCAGUCACUCAAUGAUGAUACAAACUGCGGUUCUUUUACAGACAACACCAGGAGCUCUCUGAAGAGCACGCCAGUUAAAGGACUUCCGUUCUCACCCUCUCAGUUUUUCAACAUAUCUGGGGCUGAACAUUUGAACCUGGACAAUCCUGCUCUAACGUCCACUCCGGUGUGUGCACAGAAAAACUUCUCCAGCACACCUCAGCAGAAAGACACCACACCCAAACAUCAGAAGGAGAAUGCUGGUUUCAGGACACCCAAAGUUCGCAAGUCUAUAAUGGCCCACACCCCGAGGACACCCACCCCAUUCAAAAAUGCCAUGGCCGCCCAGGAAAAGAUGCACGGACCCUUAAAAAUGGUGCCUCAGCCCCUGGCCUUCCUAGAGGAGGACAUUAGGGAAGUGUUGAAAGAGGAGACCGGGACGGAUAUCUUCAUUCAUGGACAGCCUGAACAAAGAGUUUAUGAGGUGGAUGCUCCUGCCAGGAAGGUGAGGAAGUCCUUACUGUUGGACAAUUGGGGUAAAGACUGUCUCAACGUGCAGCUGUUCCCUCAGCAGCAGAUCAACAGUAGUGCGCAGUCUCAUAACGAUGGCAUGUUGAGCAGCGCAAUUCUGAUGACCCCACUGACAGAAGGAGAGGAGGAUCUCACCUGCUCCCCUGGCCCCCUGAAAAUGGACUCCCAACUCCCCAUCUGCCCUCUCAGCCCUCAGGCAAAAAAGGAGCUUCUUACACACCGAAGCCCGGUCUACCAAGCCUCCACACAAGUGAGCAGCGAGUGGGAGGCAGUGGUGUUUGGGAAGACACAAGACCAGCUGAUCAUGACGGAGCAAGCGAGGCACUACCUGAACUCCUCCCAGUUGCCAUCGUGCACCUCCAGAGCGCUGGUCCUGUGAGCUCCAGAGCUCCUCUUUGCUCCUUACAGCAGCCCCCUCAUUCCUCGCACUUCACUUUUAGACAAUCUGGAGUAGGAAACUAAAUGUUCACCUUUUUUUGUACGCGUGUGCUUAAGACUUACAGUAAGUAUUUUAACCCACAAACAGGCGCAUUAAUGAAUUUUGUAACUAAAAGAAUGCAACCGGUCUUCCUCUUAAGAUUACACUUUUUUAUGACCGUUCUAGAAUUUUUUUAAAUCUAAAUUCAUCGGCUGUCUCGGGAAACGUUUAGUUGUAGACAGUGUAGCAUAAUUAGGAGAACCCAAGAAGAUCUUUUUUCCUCAGGUGUCGGUUACUGAGAUUGUAGAGCGAGAGAAAGGAUUUGACAUCAUUGAACCAUUUCCUGUCUUUCGCUCUUGUUAUGUCAGUUCCAGACAACUAAGGAAAUUCCAAAGAAAAAGAUUUUUGGUGGAGUUCAUCACUGGAAAGAAAAAAGAAAACACAUACCAGUUAGUCCUUGGAGAUUUUUAACAGAUUGCUUUUUAGAUGAUUUUUUUUUUUAAAAAAACAACAGUGGUUAAGGAUCGAAGAGAACUAGCAGUGUUGCACUAGCAGUGUUGCACUACUGAUUGUGGGUAACUGUAAUAGGGAGGGGCUCAAACGUGUUUAAGAGGAACUGGAUAGCACUUGCAAUGUGACUGUUUUGGCUCGAACCAUAAUAAUGGUUCUGCUCCAUGUUUUUGCUGAGUUUGACACUCACUGAAUGUAUUGUACAGCAUUUAAUUGCUAAAGUAGCGAAUGUCGAACGGAAGGGUACCUCUUUGUUUUUUCCAUUGUUUUUUGUUUUCUUAUUUAUUCGUUGCUGUAAUUCGAGUUGUUGAGAUGUUUAUUGAGCACCUGGACUGUCCAGUUUUGAAACAGACUCACCUUUUCGCUGACAGACACGGCAGUGACUGCAGCCUAAAAAACGAAACCAACAACUUACAUCCUAGCUGCUUUAGUUUUUAAACAGAAGUCAUAUUUGAUACUGAUUUUUAAUAUGCAGUCUCACACAAGUAACACGUUCCAAGACGAGAUGGAUUUCUCCAUCAUUUAGGUUCUAUUUAUUAAAUCUUUACUAAUUUAUUUAUUUCAAAUCUAUAAAGAGAAUUUUAUUUCUGUUGUGUUAAGAAAACGAUAUUCGGCUACCUUCCAUCAGAAACAUUUCUAAAACAAAAAUUUUUAAUAACAUACACUGCCACUAAUCAUUCGUUACUAAUUGGUUUCAAUCUAGCCUCAAUCUAGUCAUCUCCAAAGUUCUGUGUGAGCUCAAAUGAGUUUAAUUACAAUACAGGUAGCGGCAUUUAGCUCCCAAACGCUUGUGUAGGCAAAUUGCACUUUUUAAAUGUUGUUCAAGUGUCUGUUUUUUUGUUUUUUUCUUUGUAAAAUCCCCUAGUGUUUACAUUUUUGUGAUGGUGAUUGAUUUGAAGUGGCUUUUUUUGUUUGUUUCUUGUACAAAUGAAAGACUGACCGUUAAAUGGACUAAAAGAAGAGUUCCUCUCACUCACUAAAUAAUUCUGCAGGUGUAACUGAAGGCUGUGCUGUAGCUGAGAAUCAGAAAAGAAGUGAACGAAACACAAGCACAAUCCUUUGGAGAUGUAGAACAGUUGUACUGCUUAAAUCUAACUUUGUUUGGUGUUGAAGGUAAUCGAGAAAUUUACAGUAGAACGUUUUGUCCAGUCAGUGUCAGUGUGUUAUACUGGUCAAUGUGAAAUUAUUCAGUAGGUUUUUAAAAGGGUCUACAUUAAGGCAUUAUAAUUAAAACAAGUCUCUGUGAUGUGCCGAGAGCUUUUGAUAAGAUCAGUUGGAUAGUCCAACACUAAGACAUCCUGUUCUCUGGGUAGCUUUUUCUUUGUUUUUUAAAUUUUAUUUUAAUUCAACAAAAAAAAAUGUAUUUGCAAAUCCCAGAGUCCGUUAGGUUAUUCACCACAUUUUAUAGCAUAAGAUUGAAUAUUGUUUAAAAUAACAAUGCAGGUUACAGAGUUGUGAGGUACGUGUUUACAUUUUUCGUCUUGUUUUUAAUGUAGGUGUGAGUUUGUGUGUCUAAAUUUCAAUAUAACACUCAACCACCUAAUCGUAGAUUUUGAAGGAAAAUAGAUAUAUGUAGCAGUUUAAAAACAGUGCAUGACAAACAGUACUUUCAGCAUAUCUACACAUUUUCACAAGCAAGACAUUUUACUUCCAACACUAUUUUGCUGAACAUAUAUUGCCUGCCUCUCUGAAUCCUGCCAGUAUCCAUUUUGUGACCCUUGUAUGUAUUGAGGGGGAAAAAAAUAAAAUGCUUUGU